AUGCUUGCGAGCUCCACCAAGCACGAAUUCUCUCCCGACGAGGUGGCGUGGUACACGCCGACGUACCUUGGCAGCAACGCUAUGGGAGGCUCCGCGAGAGCCUGGCCUAGGGACAACGUUCCUGGAGACGAGCGGGCUUACCUGCCGUUCUGGGGUGGUGCUGGGGCUCGUUCGGGCUGCUGCCACAGCUCGCUGACAUCAGGCGCUGCGUGGGGCCAGACGUUCGACCUCUACGACUCGAGCUUGUUCGACAAGCAGGCGCCCGUGAGCGACCUGUCAUACGCCGACAGCACGACGGGACGGCCGUGGGCCGAGUGCGGCCAAUACACAAGCCAAUGGUGGGGCGUCGACCUCGGGAGCGAGGUGUAUGUGCGCUACGUGCGGCUGCAGAACCGCAACGACUGCUGCGCGGAGCGGCUGACGGACGUCGACAUCUAUCUCGGCACGACGGCAGAGACGUACACGGGCAACGCGCUGGUGAAGUCAGACGUGAGCGUGUUGUCGAACGUGAUGUUGGAGGUGGAGAUCAACGCGUUGGGGCGCUACAUCUACCUCAACCGGCCGUCUGCGGCGGGGCUGACGGUGUGCAAGUUCUACGACUCGAGCUUGUUCGACAAGCAGGCGCCCGUGAGCGACCUGUCAUACGCCGACAGCACGACUGGACGGCCGUGGGCCGAGUGCGGCCAAUACACAAGCCAGUGGUGGGGCGUCGACCUCCGGAGCGAGGUGUAUGUGCGCUACGUGCGGCUGCAGAACCGCAACGACUGCUGCGCGGAGCGGCUGACGGACGUCGACAUCUAUCUCGGCUCGACGGCGGAGAC